CCUGUAGCAACCUUGGUCUCGAUGACAGCUGAUGGAAAUAAAAACAUUCGUCGCAUUUUCCUAGCACGUUCGUUCAUAACAGCAGGGCGAAAUGCGGCUUUCGGUGGUAAAUUUCUUCAAGAAAAGUGUAAAUGGACACAUCUUUCGUGGUAAAUAUCGUUUGGUGAAGCCCGUUACGGCACGCGCUACACAGACGCAGAUCCGCGAGUACGAACAAACCGAGGCCAACAUGAAACUGCUGCUCCAUCCAUACCUGACGAAGGAACAAUCCGCCGGCCACGCGAAGGAACUGGGCAAGAAGGAACAGAUUGUGGCGAAAUGGCGCGAGGAACAGCUCAAGAUGAAACCUCACGUCACGAUAGCGGAACGUUUGGCCCAUCUGCGGGUAAAGGACGUGUGGGAUUGAGGUGCUGCCGAUGGUUGUUUCGGGUGACUUAGUAAUACAAAGCAAGCAUUAGGUUGUAAAAGACUUUUUUUUGUUUUAUUACUACAACAACAAGAAGCUUUUACAUCAACAACAAAGGCCGCUUUGAGCGACAGUGGUGGUUUGCUUUUUCUGCUUGUAUAUCGGUAAAGGUAUCCAAUAGUGAAUAAUGUUACUAUGAAAUAGAUAAACAGUGUGUGUUUGUGUC